GGCCUGGGGAGGGGGCGGGGCUAGGGAAGGGGCGGGGCCUGCCGGCCCCUGGGGACAGAGUUUAGGGGGUGGCCAGGGCCGGGCCCCCUGGGGAGGGGGCCAUGGGGGAGGAGGGGGGCUCCGUCACCCUGCUCUGCCUCACAGCCAGCAGCGGGGUCCCCCUGUUCUGCCGCACCACGGGGGCCCCCUCCAAGCACCAGCUCCCCUUCUCGGUGAUCGGCUCCCUGAAUGGGGUGCACAUGUUCGGGGCGAACCUGGACGUCCUGCUGACGGCAGCCUGCACCGCAAACACCCAUGUGGUGUGGAGGGUUUUCCACAACAGCAUCACCCUUAUCGUCCUGUCGGCGGAGGAAGGAGCCAGCGACUUUGCCCUGGGACGCCUGCUGGACAACACCUUCAGCGCUAUGGUGCUAAUCCUGGGCUUGGAGGAGCUGGUGAACAUCCGCAACAUUGAACGCCUCAAAAAGGACCUGAGGGCCUGCUACAAGCUGAUUGACAGCUUCCUGGCCCCCCUGGAGCGGAGCGGGGACCUGACACAGUGUGUGGAGUGCGUCCCUGUGCCCCACGGCGCCGCCCUGCAGGAGGGCCUGGAAGCCUUCGUGGCCGCGGCCGAGAGCCGCUUUGGCUGCCUGGUGGUUGGGGGCCGGCUGGCGCUGGCCACUGAGCCCUGGUGGCAACUGGCCCCCCAGGAGCUGCUGCUGCUGAGCUGGCUGGUGGGCUCGCUGCCCCCCCCCACGGCGCGGGACUACCCCAUCUACCUGCCCCACGGCAGCCCCACGGUCCCCCACCGGCUCCUCACCUGCCAGCUGCUGCCCGGCCUGGAGGUCUGCCUGAUCUGCGGGCCCAGCCCUGCCCUGCACACCGUGGAGACCGAGCUGGUGCCACGGUUCUGGAAGCCCCUGCUGGAGCCGCUGCAGGCCUGUGUCAGGCCCCAGCCCCACGGCCUGCCCCCCGGCACCACCCUGCCCCCCGGAGUCCUGGCGUUCCUGUUGAUCCAUCGGGAGCAGAGGAGCAGCCAGAGCUCAGUGCAGCCCCCAGGAUCGGGGGGGGAGGGCCUGUCCCCCCGGCGCCGCGCCCGCGCCCUGCGCCACUUCUACGCCCUGGUCGCCGCCCGCUACUUCCCCUGGGAGGGCAGCCCAGCCCCCCCGCAGGAGCCGUUCCAGGCCGGCUUCCCGCACCGCGCCCGGCACUGCUAUGUGGUGAGCGCCACGCACAAGGCCUAUGCCAUCCACGCCCCCCAGCACCAGCUCUUCCUGCUCCUGGCGCCCCACGUGCCCACCUUCGCCCUGCGGCCCCUGGCCGCCCGCGCCCUGCAGCGCCUCACCGGGGACGCCGCCUGCUGAGACGCCGGCCCGGACGCCUGGGUUCCGCCUCGGGGGACGAAAGGGGAUUUCUUCGGGCUAUUUUGUAGGAUUAUUGUGUGCGCAGAAGAGCAAUGGCCCAUCCAGCCCUGUGUCCUGCCAGAGGCGAUCGCCGCGUGAUCCACCCGUCGCCCAUCCCCAGCUCCUGGCAAACAGCGGCCACGGACCCCAUCCCUGCCCAGCCUGGCUCAUGGCCACCGCUGGACCUGUCCUCCAGGGACCUGGCUAGGUCUUUUCUGAACCCUCUUCUAGUCUUGGCCUUCACAGCAUCCUGUGGCAGGGAGUUCCACAGGUUGGGGGAAAGAAAUACCUCCUUUGCUUUUUCAACCUGCUGCCUAGGAAUGUCAUUGGGUGAGCCCUGGUUCUUGGGUUAUGAGUAAAGAACACUUGCUGAUUCA